AUGCUUACUCUCAAACUAUUCGUUUAUACAGUAGUGAUAUUCUUUAUUUCUCUCUUCAUCUUCGGAUUUUUAUCCAAUGAUCCAGGGCGUAAUCCUGGACGUGAGGAAUAA